CACACAUACACGCUCCUGGAUUUGCAGAAGACAGACAUCUAGGGCACUUCUUGGCAUCCACAGGAAAAUCAUAUGGGAUUAAAAACCCCCAGCAGAUUUGCUGAAAGCUGCCUCUCGAGGGUUACAAGUUCACCUUUUGCAUUUACAGCUGCUUGUUUACUAUCCAUGUGGCAACCUCUGGACAGCCAGUGAUCCAUUCAUUACCCCACUGAUUGAGUGCAGGAGCAGCGCAGUGCUAACUACUUCACUCAGCCGACGGGCAGACAACAAAAGGAGGAAAAUGAUGAAUUCGGACAAUUUAACCUCCCAAAGCUUCCUCUCUGCGAUUCACAGCAACACCAGCAAUUUAUUCUCAGGGCUUCAGUUUGUUCAGUCCUUCAAGCCACUCAUCAUCCCCUGCUACUCGCUGGUGGUUUUUAUUGGUGUCAUUGGGAAUUACCUUCUCAUCUAUGUCAUCUGCAAGACAAAAAAAAUGCACAACGUCACCAACUUUCUGGUAGGCAAUCUGGCUUUCUCAGACAUGCUUAUGUGUGCCACCUGUGUGCCCCUGACCCUGGCCUACGCCUUUGAGCCCCGGGGCUGGGUUUAUGGGCGCUUCAUGUGCUACUUUGUUUUCCUGAUGCAACCUGUCACGGUGUUUGUGUCUGUCUUCACCCUGACUGUCAUAGCUGUGGACAGGUACUGUGCCACAGUGUACCCGUUCCGCAGGAGGCUCACCAUCCCCAUCUGUGCUUACAUCCUGGCUGCUAUUUGGCUGCUGAGCUGCACUUUGGCUGCCCCAGCCUUGGUGCACACCUACCAUGCAGAGUUCCCUGAGCUGGACUUCUCCAUCUGCGAGGAGUUUUGGUUCCACAUGAAAAGAGAUCGCUUGGCUUAUGCCUACAGCACCCUCAUCAUCACCUAUGUAUUGCCUUUGGCUGUCAUCUCCCUGUCCUACCUGAGGAUCUCAGUCAAGCUGAAGAACCGUGUCGUCCCAGGCAAUGUCACCCAGGGCCAAGCUGAGUGGGACCGUGCCAGGAGGAGAAAGACUUUUCGCUUGCUGGUCUUAGUGGUGGCAGCUUUUGGAGUCUGUUGGCUGCCCCUGCACAUCUUCAACAUGAUCAAGGACAUUGACAUCAGCUUGAUUGACAAGCAGUACUUCAACUUCAUCCAGCUGCUGUGUCACUGGUUUGCAAUGAUGUCUGCUUGUACCAAUGCCUUCCUCUAUGCCUGGCUCCAUGACAGCUUCAGGGGGGAGCUGAAAAAAAUGUUUGCCUGGAGGAAGAAGAAAAUUGGACCCGCUACAAACUGCAUUAUGGCCAGUGUGGUGCUGUAAAUGAGAGCUGGUGGGAGUGCA